AUGCUGGUGGUGGGACGCAAUGCUGGCAAGGAGAUCAACUGCUACAACUGCACAUGGCCUGGAAAUGACACCAAUCGGAUGGAUACGAAAUUAGACCUAAACAUCACAGAAGGCCUCAUUGAAGAGAAUGGGGUGGUAUCCGCCCACCAAGCCAAUUUGAUCUUGUUUCUUGCUGGCAGUGAUGUACUGGAGAGCAUGAAGUCUCUCCUGGACAGCAUAGGCGAUGCCUCUACUGCAGCUGUGACUAUAGGUGACACUGACAUCACAGGCAGCGUCGCCAAGGUGAAAAGCAAGAAGGACAUCACUAUUGCUUUCUCGAAACAAAUCGACAAUGAGAUGCUGUUGUCCAAUCCACAUGCAUCAAAGCAGAUUUUCAGAUGGUCCAUCGACAUCCCCGCAGAAGCACUGGCUAUGUCCGGGUCAGCCAACAACGGAUCUGGAGUUGUUUCCAUUCUGCGCUUUCCCAACAUCAGUCCGGAUGCCAAAAACAGCUCCGUUUUGGGCGCGGUGUACGGUGUGUCCAUGGCUGCCCCGAUCAGCAACCUGAAGAACAAAAUAAAGAUCUACUUUGAAAACAACAAAUGGGAGGGAUAUAAUGUGACCUGCAACUCCUGGAAUGGUGUUGGGAACCAAACGAACUGGACGGAGGAUGGCUGCACCACGCUGGAGACUGACAGCACCAUAACAUGCCAGUGCUCCCAUCUCACCUUCUUUGCCAUCCUCAUGAGUCUUCCGGGUAAUGGCACCAUUUCAGAGUCUGACCUGAGCAACCUGACGUACAUCAGCUACAUCGGCUGUGGCCUUUCCCUCUUCUUCCUGGGGGUGGCGCUCUUCAUGCACUUCCUAUUACGCAGGGGCAAGUCCAGCCAGUCCGUCCAGGUGUUGAUGAACGUGUUUGUGGCUCUCUUCCUCCUCAACCUCACCUUCCUGACCAACGAGUGGGUGGCCAACACGGGCAGCUACGUGGGGUGUGUCGCCAUAGCGAUGCUCAUGCACUACUCCAUGCUGGCAACGUUCACCUGGUUCGCCAUGCAAGCGCUCCACCUCUACCUGCACCUGGUCAUGAUGCUCGACAUCAAGACCUUCAAACACUACAUGCUCAAGAUGUGUCUCCCCGCCUGGAUCUGCCCUGCGUUGGUGGUCAUUGUAAUCGCCGCUCUGGACAAGUACCAACUAGUGGACAUCAACACCAGCAGUGGCAAGGGGGCCAAAAUGUGCUGGACCAAAGACAUGCUGGUGCACUACGCAGUGAACAUCGGAUACUACGCCCUCGUCUUCCUCUUCUCCAUGGGCAUCUUCGUCGUCAUGGUGCAGAGGAUCUGCAUGGCCCGCAAGAUGCAGAGCAAGGACGUCAAGCAGCCGUCGACCUCCAAGAACCUGUCGAUCAUCAUGAGCCUGCUGUUCCUGCUGGGCAUCACCUGGGGAGUGGCUUUCUUCAGCUACGGGCCCAUGCUCAUACCCUCCUACUACAUCUUCUGCAUCCUCAACUCCUUCCAAGGCCUGUUCCUCUUCAUCUACUACUACAACAACAGCAGAGACGUGAUGGACGGCAUGAAGCACGAGAACCCUUUCAAGAGCAGCACCUCCUCCAGCACCAGCGCUUCAAGCAACACCUACGUCACCAACGACUAACCUAG